CACCCGGGUUGUAAACAUCAGCGCACCCGGAAGUAGGAGCAGCGUGGAGGGUUAGCCGAGCAGUGGCUAACGACUGUAGCAUAAAACUGAGUUUAAUGUUUAAUUAUCCAACAUGGACAACAGCACAGACGGGACGUGGCUCAGUUUACCGGUUAGACUCAACGAGAAGAUUCUACAGACCAUCGACGAACUCCAGUUCACACACAUGACACCUGUACAGUCUGCUUGUAUCCCGCUGUUCAUGAGGAAUAAAGAUGUGGCUGCUGAGGCGGUGACUGGGAGCGGAAAGACGCUUGCUUUUGUUAUUCCCAUUAUAGAACUGCUCCUGAAGAGAGAGGAGAAGCUAAAGAAGAUGCAGGUUGGCGCUCUGGUGGUCACUCCCACGAGAGAACUGGCGCUUCAGAUCAGUGAAGUGAUGGAGAAGUUCAUUCAGAAAUUCCCGCAGUUUACGCAGAUUUUAUUGAUCGGUGGCACCAACCCGAUAGAUGAUGUGGAGAAGUUCAAGGAUCAGGGAGCGAACAUCGUGAUUGCGACACCGGGCCGUUUGGAGGAUAUGUUCAGGAGGAAGUCAGACGGUUUGGACUUGGCCAGCUCAGUCAAGAGUCUCGAUGUUCUGGUCCUGGACGAGGCCGACAGACUGCUCGACAUGGGUUUUGAAGCCAGUCUGAAUACCAUCCUGGGCUACCUGCCUAAACAGAGGCGUACGGGCUUGUUUUCGGCCACUCAGACGCAGGAGCUGGAGAAGCUGGUGAGGGCCGGCCUCAGGAACCCGGUUCGCAUCACCGUCAAGGAGAAGGGCGUCGCUGCCACCUCCAGCCAGAAGACGCCCGCUAGACUCUCCAACUACUACACUAUCUGUAGAUCAGAGAACAAAUUCAACAGCCUGGUGACGUUUCUACGGCAACACAAGCACGAGAAGAAUCUGGUCUUCUUCAGUACGUGUGCAUGUGUGGAGUUCUACGGUCGGGCUCUGGAGACUCUGGUGAAGAAGGUCACCGUCCACUGCAUCCACGGCAAGAUGAAAAAUAAACGCAACAAGAUCUUCGCUGACUUUCGGGCCUUGAAAAGUGGGAUCUUGGUGUGUACAGAUGUCAUGGCCAGAGGCAUUGAUAUCCCCGAUGUGAACUGGGUGCUGCAGUACGAUCCUCCCAGCAGUGCCAGUGCCUUUGUACAUCGAUGUGGACGUACAGCGCGCAUCGGCAAUCAGGGUAGCGCCCUGGUCUUCCUGCUGCCAAUGGAGGAGUCCUAUGUCAAUUUCUUGGCCAUCAACCAGAAAUGCCCUCUCCAGCAGAUGCCCCCUGUAAGUGAUGUUGUGGACGUGCUGCCCAAAGUGAAAGCCAUGUGUCUAGCGGACCGCGCCAUGUUUGACAGAAGCAUGAGAGCCUUCGUCUCCUUUGUCCAGGCCUACGCCAAACACGAAUGCAGCCUCAUCUUCAGAAUCAAAGAUCUGGACUUUGCCUGCUUAGCUCGCGGCUUUGCCCUCCUCCGCCUCCCAAAGAUGCCGGAGCUGAGGGGAAAAACGUUCCCUGACUUCAUCGAGACGACAGUAGACACAGAAACCAUCCGCUACAAGGACAAGAGCAGGCAGAAACAGAGAAAGAAGAUGCUCGCCGAGCUGAAAGACAAGAUUCCCUUUCCCAAGAAGCACUUCGUCAAGAAUGAGGCCUGGUCUAAGCAGAAGACCAAGAAGGUUCGCAGGAAAAAGAUGUCAGCCAAGAGGAAGCACGAUGAGGGCUCCGACGUGGAAGACGAAGACAUGAACGAGCUUUUAAAUGACACUCGCCUCCUCAAGAAACUAAAGAAAGGGCAAAUCAGCGAGGAGGACUUUGAGCAACGGAUAACAAGCAAACCGAAAUCAAAACACAAAACAGGCGGGCCGUCACACGACAGCUCGGUGGGAGAGGACGUAGAAUCAAACAUGUAAAACAAAAUUCAAUUAAAUCCAAAACAUUUGUUUCCCUUUU